AUGGCACCCAUCAACACCAACAACGUGCUCAUCCGCCUGCAAGAACAGUCCGUCCGUGAAUGUUCGUUCCUUGAAGCUUCCUUUGUCGACUACGUCGAGGUAGCUCGACUGAACGAAGAACGGGUCGACGACGUCGCCAACCCCAUCUUGGAGAAGUUUGUCAACGACCUUGGACCAGAGGAUCGAGGCGGCGGUCUCACCGGAUGGGCGCUGUGUUGCAAUGUCCGACGCACAUCCUGGGUGCACGAUCUUACGAUCCUGCAUACACGCCGUGAUCUGCACACGACCAACUUGACCAAGUCCGCCUGCGAAGCUGCUUUGCCUGACCAUGGUGAGCUGUUAGCUAAGUACAUGGCGACAUGGGCUUGCCUCGUGGACAUGGGGUACAUUGGUGUUGACCAUACGCUGCGUGGAAUCCAUCCGAAGCGCCGCCCGCAGAAUGGGACCUUGGACGCCGCUGACGUAGAGCGCAACCGCCGGUUGUCGUCCGACCGUGUGGUUGUCGAGAACUUCUUCGGCCGCGUGUGCUCCUUCAUUCAACGCACUACAUUUGCGUUGACCAACUUUCACCUCUCGUUGAUGCCCGCGCGCACUGAAGACGAAGACUACUAUGCAUUGGUCAUGGCACGCUACCAAGGGAUGGCGAACGAACGCAAGCGAAAGCGUGCCGAGUCUCAGCCCGCUAUCGCAUGA